GCUGAUCCUCCAACAAGGCGUCUUCAGCUAGCUUCCUACUCUGUUCUGUUCUUUUCCGACAAGGACUUCUGCUGCACAGGGCUUACCAUCUGAAUUCUCAGUAGAACAAGGGAUGUCGCUAUCAAGAACCUCACGGUCCUCUCGCCAUGACAUUGUCCAACUCCCUUCUGGGACCACGCUCGAGUACACACACAUCCAGCCGACAUCUCCGCCCCUGUCAGCAACACCCGAUGUAAUUGAACAGUUAAGAAGGAAGCUGGCGAUCUGCUUACAUCCUUGGUCAUGGUUGGGCGGCCGCAUGAAUGACCACGUACUACAAAUCUUGACGGAACCGCUCCUCGAACGAGGAUACGACGUCAUCCGGUACAACUCCCGAGGUGUGGGCAAGUCAACGGGCUGGGCAUCCCUGACAGGACAUCGCGAAGGGGAGGACCUGAAGGAGCUCGUACAGUGGGCGAGAUCCACCAUACCCCACGUCACCUCGCUAGUUCUCGCCGGGUACUCACAUGGCUCGCUCAUCGCGUCCUUACACCCCGUACUAGACGACAUCGAGACCUCCCAUAUCCUCCUCUCGUACCCAUUAGGACCCCGACGCUGGCUGACCGCAUUCCAUGGUCAUCGAUAUUCUGCUGCCCUGCAGUCUCUCAUCAAUGAACCUCGGUCAAAUAUCUUGAUCAUCUAUGGGGAUGACGACAACUUCACAACUGCGGAGAGCUACGACGCAUGGGUCGCGUCCCUGCGAGAUGCACCUUCCACUGCGCCAUCCCGGGGCAAGCUGGAGGUGGUCAAGGUCCAGGGCGCUUCACACUUCUGGCGAGAGGACGAUGCGGUCGACCGGCUUGUCGACGUAGUCCACGAUUGGCUCCCCUGAGUAUAAGGGUUCGGAUCCUGCUGUUGAAGUUGUCCAGCGUACGAACGUGCCUGAGAUUCGCAACCGUAGUCUUCGGUCCAGCCCAGGUUGGGCAUACUUCCUCAUUUCAAGUUGCCCUUCCACAAGAGGCAUACCAUAAUUUGUUGAGGAUACAUCAGAAUCAUUUCGCCUUGCAAGCAGCGACAUAUGGCAGGGGAGUCUGUCACCUCGGCCUUGGACUGAUAGUGCGUACUACUUCUU